AUGGAUUCGACUCAGUCGUUCCGUUUUGACCUGCCUGGGUUUACCUUGCCUCUAGCAUGUGAGCCACUGUAUCGAGUCUCCCCAGUCAAACUGGAGGACCGCUCUAAGCCUGGCCAUCGUAAGAUCCUUGCCUUGUUUCUGGUGGAUCCGAACAUCCGCAUUAUUUCGUACGCUAAUAUCCCUCCGCCGCAGGAGGACCGGGGGAAGGAAAAACGAGAAAUUGUUCAACGGGUUUUUGCAGUCGAGAUUACAGUCGAAUUGCAGGAGAUGGUGAACGAUGGUCUAUUCAGCCCACCCAUCAUCACCAUGGAUGUGGCAAAGCAAUAUCGACUGGAACUCAUGGAGGAGAGAAGCGUUAAUUCUAAGGAGCAGAACGAGUGGUUUGAAAAAGUAGUAACUUCAAUCUUUGCGAGCGUUGAUAGAAUAACUAGCUCUGGAAAUGACACGAAUGACUGUCUCAGCAUUGACUGGAUAUCAUUUGUAGCACUAAUGUAUCCACUCCACCAAUGUGUCUAUUCCCACGGUCAUCAGCUAUAA